GUCAGGUUAGCUCAAGUCAUCGGCCUUCAUAAGCAAUUGCCGAAGUAAGGUUGCAUCCGGUGAGGAAGGAUGGCAGAGGGCGGAGGCGAGAGGUUGUCGGAGAGGAUCGUAGUCAACGGGGCGGCGGCGGAGUCGGCAUUGGAGGUGGAUGGGACGCUGCGAUGGCGCUCCGGCGGAGGAGAUCAGUGUCUCAGGUUGGAGUCGGAGGUCCUGGGGUUGGACGUCCAAGGAACACGGAUUACGGUCCGGGCUUUAGCGGAGGCUCCUCGUAGUGGUUCUAUCUGUGCCUUCGGGGGAGCAUCUGGGGAGAGAAGGAGGGUGAGGAGGGAUUACUCUUUGGAGAUGCCCACGGAGGCGGCGGCGUUGCGGUGGAGCGCCAGAUUGAUGAAUUGCAUCGAUUCUCUCGGCCGGCCAAAGAAGCUGUUUGUUAUUUUAAAUCCAUUUGCGGGGAAAAAAUCCGCAAGAACCAUUUUCGAGGAUCAGAUUAAGCCAAUUCUUGAAUCUGGGAAUAUCAAUUAUACCGUAGUAGAAACUAAGUACCAGAAUCAUGCUCAGGAAAUGACAAAAUCUUUGGAUCUUCCAAAAUAUGAUGGUAUUGUGUGUGUCAGUGGUGACGGUGUUCUAGUGGAGGUAGUCAAUGGUUUGCUGAAAAGAGAAGAUUGGGCUACUGCAAUUAAGAUACCUCUUGGGAUAAUUCCAGCAGGUACCGGAAAUGGUAUGGCAAAAUCACUUUUAGAUUCUGCUGGUGAUAUGUACUCUAUUGCUAAUGCUACAUUUGCAGUUAUACGAGGUCACAAACGAGCUCUGGAUGUUGCCACUAUCUCACAGAAGGAGAAAAUAUUUUUCAGUGUCUUAGCACUUAUUUGGGGCUUGGCGGCUGAUGUUGAUAUUGAAUCUGAAAAGUAUAGGUGGUUGGGAAGUGCUCGCCUUGACAUAUAUGCUCUUCUCCGCAUAAUGAACCUACGCAAAUACCAUGGACAUUUCCAGUUUAUUCCUGCACCUGGAUAUGAAAAUCAUGGUGAACCAGUGAAGCGAGUUGAUGGGGCUAAGUCUAACUAUGUAUUAACUCAACAAGAACAAGGAAGUGACAGUAAGUUCAAGACAUGUGGUUAUCAAGGCCCAGAGAAUUCCCUGGACGGAUUGGAAUGGAGAUCUGUUGAUGGCCCUUUUAUUUCAAUUUGGGUGAACAAUGUGCCCUUUUCUGCUGAAAAUUAUGCCCCAGCACCGAAAGCAAAGUUCUCAGAUGGAUACUUGGAUGUAGUCAUUCUGAAGGAUUGUCCAAAAUCAGCCAUUCUAGGAAUGAUGUUCAACAUGAGUGAUGGAAGUUAUGUGAAAUCACCGUAUAUAAUAUAUUUGAAGGUCAAAGCACUUCGAUUAGAGCCAGGAAAGCGCGUAGGGCACGACACUAAGGGUGGCAUCAUUGACUGCGAUGGCGAGGUUUUAGCUAUCGGAGAUGCUGCUGCUGACAGCAAUGUGCAAAAACAUUUUAUGGCUUAUGGUCCUCUUCUCGUGACAGUGGACCAGGGUUUGGCUACCAUAUUCACUCCUGUUCCUUAAUCUCACUUGUUCUUUGUUCUUGAUCCAUAAAUAUACUUGUGAAUCUAACAUUUGAAAUCUCACUUAUUUUCCCCAAAAAAUGGAAGAGGGGAAAAAAUAAUAAUAAUGUAUGCAUACAUGAUAUUUGUAGUUACAUGAACAUGAAAUGAUAAAAGAAGAGGUGGGGUUUUAAAACAAAUGCACACAGCAACUACAUCAAAUGACUCAGUUUGGAGAAAGUUAUCAAAAUUUGGCAUUGGAUUUGCCUUUUACAUGGAGUUGUAUCAGCUUGGAGAAACUUCUUUUAUUGUUUUGAUGAUAUCUCAAGUGUUAUGCUAAAUGUGAUUGUACUUCAUUCUUUUUAGUGUGUGGAAGAAAGUGAAACAAUUUUCCUUA